ACCAACAUUGAUUUAUAGCACCAUCUGUGUUUAGUUUUGUAAAAGAUUAUCCAUCUGAAUCCAUCCAUUAUCGUUGCUACGACCGUGACUGCGCGCUUUCAUGAUGAGCAGUAGCAAUGCUGUAGCAUGUAUUUAACAAUGUAAUUUAUGCUUAAUUAAGUAACAGCUUUUGUUAAAUAAUGGCUCCCACUGUAGAAAAUGAAGUUGUCGAGAACCAAAAUGAAAAUGUUCCUGAUAGUGCACCAUCGAGGCCGACUAUUGGAAUUAUUUAUCCUCCACCCGAAUUGAGGAAUAUUGUUGAUAAGACUGCUAGUUUUGUUGCCAGAAAUGGUCCUGAAUUUGAAGCCAGAAUCAGACAGAAUGAGAUUAAUAAUAAAAAGUUCAAUUUUCUGAAUGUUGGAGAUCCUUACAAUGCUUAUUAUCAACAUAAAGUCAAAGAGUUUAAAGAAGGAAAAGGAGUUUCAGAUGGUGGUAUUCCAGCUCCUACUGCAAAAGCUACAUCGGUGUCUAAACCAGACUUACAAAAGAUAGCUGAGCUUCUUAGUGUUCCUAAAGAGCCACCUCCUGAGUAUGAGUUCAUUGUAGACCCUCCCUCCAUUUCUGCAUUUGAUUUAGAUAUAGUCAAAUUAACUGCACAAUUUGUGGCCCGGAAUGGUCGGCAAUUCUUGACAAACUUAAUGAAUCGUGAACAAAGAAACUACCAGUUUGAUUUCUUACGACCUCAACACAGUUUGUUCAAUUAUUUCACUAAACUUUUGGAGCAAUAUACUAAGAUAUUAAUUCCACCUAAAGAUCUGAUGAAUAAACUAAGGAAAGAAUCUGAAACUCCUAAAGCUGUUUUGGAUCAAGUACGAUACAGAGUAGAAUAUACACGUCAACAAGAAGCUAUCAAAAGGCGUGAGGAAGAAGAAGCUGAAAGAGAGAGGGUACAAUAUGCACAAAUUGAUUGGCAUGAUUUUGUUGUGGUGGAAACUGUGGAUUAUCAACCUAACGAACAAGGAUUAUUUCCUCCUCCUACUACUCCUGAUGAAGUUGGAAGUCGAGUGUUACAACAACAACGAUUGGAUGAACAUGGGGUGGAAGAUGUGGAGAUGGAAGUAGAAUCAGAUGAUGAUGGAAGUGACAAAGAACCAGGAAGAGAAAAAGUUAGCAAGGAUAAGGUUGCUGAUGACAGUUCUUCCUCUUCAGACGAAGAAACUGAUCGGGCAAGCCCUCCUCCAUUACCCAGUGAAGAUUCGACUCCCAUGCUACCUCCUCUCCCUCCACAACCUGAUCAGGUGGUCAUCAGGAAGGAUUACAACCCUAAAGGUGUGCGUCCAAACCAGCCUGUGACUGAACAAUUCCUAAUAUCUCCAAUCACUGGUGAGAAAAUUCCAGCUGAUAAAAUGCAAGAACACAUGAGAAUUGGUUUAUUGGAUCCAAGAUGGGUAGAACAACGUGAUAAAGCACUUCAAGAAAAGAUGACUCAAGAAGAAGUUUAUGCUCAUGGAACAUCCAUUGAGAGCAGUCUCAAGCAGUUUGCUGAAAGAAGAACUGAUAUAUUUGGAUCUGGUGUUGAAGAGACUGCUAUUGGUAAAAAGAUUGGUGAAGAAGAGAAGAAACGUCCAGAGAAAGUGACCUGGGAUGGACACACUGCCAGCAUGGAGGCUGCCACCAGAGCUGCACGUGCAAACAUUACAAUUGAGGAGCAGAUUCAACAGAUUCAUAAAAUCAAAGGAUUGUUGCCUGAUGAAGAGAAAGAAAGGAUUGGACCGUCAAAGCCUCAAGAUUCAACUCUGGGGCCAUCUGCAGUAUCCUCAGCUUCACUCGUGAAGAUCAUAACAAUUCCUCCACAGAACACCACAGCUGCAACAACUUCAUCUACUCCAUCCACUAGUAAUGUUACUACUACAACUACUACUCCUAAGCCACAACCACCGCCUAUGCCACCUUCAACUGCAACUGCUACAGUGAUGCCUCCUUUGCCACCCAUGCCUUCUAUACCCAUGCCUCCAGUGUCUGCCAUCUUGCCACCUCGACCCAUGAUUCCUCCUCCUCAGGGUUUGAUAUUGACUCCAAUUCCACCUCCUGGACCUCCACCACCUCAUCUUUUAGCUAUCCCUCGGCCACCCAUGCCCCCAGUUAUUGGACCUCCUGGCACUCCAUUUGUACCAUCCAUGCAAAUCGUCGCUCCUCCCCCUCCCAUUGCCACACAGCCUCUGAUUGGGGGAAGCAGCUCUGCUACCCCCACAUCCGAGGAUGAGCCGCCCCAAAAGAAACAGAAGACUGAAGAAUCUCUUCUGUCUGAAGAAGAGUUCUUAAAAAAGAAUAAGGGUCCUGUUACAUUCAGAGUUCAAGUUCCAAUGGUUGCUGAGAAACCUGAAUGGAAAUUAAAUGGUCAAGUUUUAGCAUUCACUCUGCCGUUGACGGAUAUGGUGUCUGUUAUCAAAGCUAAGGUUCAUGAAUCAAUUGCAAUGCCACCUGGUAAACAAAAGCUUCAACUUGAGGGUAUGUUUAUCAAGGAUUCUAACUCUUUGGCAUUUUACAACAUCACCCCCAAUUCAAUUGUUUCUCUUCAAGUGAAAGAAAGAGGUGGACGCAAAAAGUAAAUGACAAUUUGCUGAACUGUAAUUGUAUUCAAUUAGUUUUACUUUUAGCUUGAAAUAAAUUUAUUAGAUUUACAA